UUAGUGUUGAGUUGAUAGAAAGGUGGUCACAGCUAUGCUGUCCACCCUGAGGAAGCUCUUCUGCUUUAAGAAGGAGCCGAAAACCCCCUUGGGGUUUUGUGAUGGCCCAAGCAGGGCAAAGGGAUACUUGUCCUGCUUUCACUGUGGAACUAAAGACAGGUACCGCCAGCCUUAUGACCCUGAAAACCAAUUUCAUGAGGCAGUAUGCAUGGGAAAGCUCAAAGUGGUGGUGCGACUCCUCAGGAAGAACCAAUUUCAUGUGAAUGAUGAGGAUGAAGGGAAACGAACUGCGCUCCACUUUGCAUGCUUCUAUGGCCAUAUCAAUCUGGUUUGUUUACUGUUAUUUAAGGACUGUGAGAUUAAGGCCCUUGACAAUCAAAUGUCCACACCACUAAUGAAGGCUGUACAAAGCUGGGAGACAGAGAUCGUGUCUGUCCUACUUGAUCAUGGAGCAGAUCCCAAUAUUAAAGAUUGCAAUGGAGAAGCAGCAAUCCACCAUGCAGUGUAUGUAGACAGGCCAGAUAUUGCCAGCAGUCUUCUUGAAUUUGGGGGAAACAUUGAAGAUACUACAAAGGAUGGGUUGACCCCUCUGCUGCUAGCACUCCGAGAAAGGAAACACCGCAUGGCAGCAUACCUAAUCACACACGGUGCGAAUCUUCACGUAUGUGAUAAAUAUCAAAGGACACAUUUGGAUGGAGUGCUCUUUAUUAUGCCAUUGUGGGGAAACGCAAAACGAAAUCAGCCUGAAGAUGUCUUUUUAUCGGGACAUCACUUUGAAUCUGAAUCACUGAUUUCCGUGUGUGCAACAAUGGAGGACACAGCUAAUUUGAAAACUCAGCAAGAUAUUCCUGAGAAUAGUCUGAAAAGUGGUGUGGAUGACUUACCAAUAGCUUCCAAACAAUAUGAAAAUGUAGAAGAACAAGAAGAAGAACUAGAAUUAGAAACAAUACCGGAUUUAAAACUGGAAAACGAAAAUGCUUAUAAUAAGAAUGAAGACUAUCAAAAGUUGAAAGCUGCCCAGUCAUCCAACAUAGGAAAUGGUCUAGAAGAAAAUGAAAUAAUUCAAGUUUGGGCUGAAAAAUGUCCACAUCCAGAGCUGAGGGAUGACUGUCAUCUAGUCUCCAGAUCCAAGCCUGAAACACAGCAGUCUCAAACAGUUUGGGCUGAAAAAUGUCCACACCCAGAGCAGAGGGAUUAUUCUCAUCAAAUUUCCAAACCCAAGUCUGAAACACAGCGAUCUCAAGCAGUGUGGGCUGAAAAAUGUCCUCACCCAGAGCUGAGGGAUUAUUCACGUCUAAUCUCCAAACCUGAGUCUCUACCACACCAAUCUCAACCAGAUAUAAUAUUUUCAGAAGAACUAGAAGAAGAAAUAACAGAAUUUAAAGUGGAAAAUGAGAGAAGUUUUGAUAAGCAUGCAGAAAAUCAAGAAUUUGUACGUAAAAUUUAA